AUGCCCUCACGACGUGAUCAUUCCCUUCUCUCCCCGGGUGAUUACGACGAGGAUGCCGAGUCUUUGCGGUCCCCCUCAGAGCAGGACUCUGAUUCUGAAGACGACGCAUUCCUGCGUAAUUCCCGGACAACCCUAGAGCUCGCCCAGCACGAUCGAUCAGUCCUCGACGACGAAGAGGAGACGGAGAAACUACUCACGAGGACUGGACCGACCCAUGGCCUCCGUCGAAUCUUUAGCCCGAGUAGCAGCAGCGUUAGGAUCGGGAAGAAGGAGCUUAGACGACAACAGCAGAGGAAAGAAAGGAGAGAAGCACGCAGGGCGCGCCGUGAGAAGAGAAAGGGAUCCGAGGAGGAAAUGUACGAGAUGGAGGAAGGCCACCGGGAGGACGAGGCUUCCCUUUUACGUGCGGCGUCAUCAGACCUGGAUGAGCGGGUAAAGCAGUACGCUGAUCUUCAGGAUCGACAAAAUGUCUCAUGGCGAAAACUGUCUCUGGUAUUUUCUGCCGUAUUCGUUCUCUUCCUUAUCCUACUUCUGGGGGCAUACAAAGCAUCCGCUGGGUUUCGUUCAUCGCAUACCCCGAGACAACUACUCUCCAACGGCACCGCCUUAUUCGCUCCUACUACUAUCCUGAUAUCACUGGAUGGGUUUCGGGCAGAUUUCCUCAACCGCGGUCUAACGCCGACUCUCAAUUCCUUUAUCGCGAACGGCGUUUCCCCGCAAUACAUGCUCCCCAGCUUUCCCAGCGUCACCUUCCCGAACCAUUUCACGCUCGUCACAGGGCUGUAUCCGGAGAGCCACGGAGUUGUAGGGAACACGUUUUGGGACCCAGAAUUGCAGGAGCAAUUUUAUUACACUCACCCGUCGGUUAGCAUGCAGCCUAAGUGGUGGAACGCAGAGCCACUUUGGAUGACUGCCGAGAAUCGGGGGAUCAAAACUGCCAUUCACAUGUGGCCUGGCUCGGAGGCGCAUAUCGGGGGCGUGGAACCGACUUAUUUGGAUCAGUAUAAUGGCUCGGAGGUGCUUCCUCGGAAACCACAGCGCAUCCUGGAGCUGCUCGACCUACCUGGGCUUGAGGACGAGUCCCUGACUGGGCCAGGUCGCCCUCAGUUCAUCGCCGCCUAUGUUCCCAACGUUGAUGCGGACGGACACAAGUAUGGGCCAAAUAGCACCGAGAUUCGGAGUACCAUCUCUGCAGUGGAUAACAUGCUGGCCACUCUUUUCUCAGGCAUUCAGGAGCGCAAUCUCACUGACAUUGUCAAUAUUGUGAUCGUGUCUGAUCACGGAAUGGCUACAACUGCCACCGAGCGGCUCGUGCAGCUAGAUGAUUUGAUAGAUAUCAGCCUCACUAGCCGCAUUGACGGGUGGCCUCUUCGCGGAAUUCGCCCCAAACGACCUGAGGAUCUUCAGACCCUCCAAGACCAGUUAGAGCGUGUCGCAUCCGAGUAUUCCCAUGCAAUCGAAAUAUACACGCGCGAAUCGAUGCCCGAACGAUACCAUUUCCAGAACAAUGAUCGCAUCGCUCCCCUUUGGGUGAUUCCGAAGACCGGCUGGGCAAUUGUCGAGAGGCCCGAAUUUGACGCCCACAAGGCACUUGAGAAUGGCGAGGUCUACCAUCCGAAGGGUAUCCACGGAUAUGAUCACGAGCACCCGUUGAUGCGGGCCAUCUUUAUCGCUCGGGGUCCCGCCUUCCCCCAUGCGCCUAACAGCCGCCUAGAAGUUUUCCAAAACAUUAAUGUAUAUAAUAUUUUAUGCGAUUCUCUGGGCAUGCCUCCCCUCCCGAACAAUGGAACAUUGCGCCUGCCUUUGAAGCCCAAGGGCCUUCAUUCGGAUGAGAGUGCUCCUGCUGCUGAGAAUCCUUCGGAUCCUCCAACCACGACAUCACCUGUCAAUAUGCCUCUCGACUCGACUGCGCCGGUUGUUGCUUUGGAGUCAUCUUCGCCUUCAUCUUCGGCUAGUCCUAAAGAGGACCCCGACGAGGAGCCCAGCGACUCCUGGUUGGAAGCUCUUUGGGACAAGGUGGAGGAUUUGAAAGACUGGGCGACCGAUCUGAUCGACAACCGUCAAGGAUAA